UCAUCUGUCAUCUUAAAACCCUAAUUCAUCUCCAGAUCCCUAAAUGUAUGAUUUUCUUCUUCAUCAAAAUGCCCUCUGUAUCUGUUAAAUUCUACAGUCUUCUUCAUAAAUUCAUCUUGAAGCGUCAGUUACAAACCCUCACUGAAACCCACACCAAAAGCCCCAAUUAUUUCGGUGUCGUAUCACGCCCCGAUGAAUCCGUUGUUCCAGCUAACCCUAGUUUCUCCCAAGACGGUGUUGCUACCAAAGAUAUCCAUAUUGAUCCUUUAACGUCUCUUUCCCUCCGGAUCUUUCUCCCUGAUUCCGUCCUUGCCGACUCCCGGGGUUUGAAACACGGGGAUGGGGUUUAUGGUGGUUAUGCGCCGAUUUUGCGGGAUAAUUUGCGUAAAUUGCCGGUGAUUGUGCAGUUUCAUGGAGGUGGGUUUGUGACUGGGAGUAGUGAUUCGUUGGGGAACGAUUUGUUUUGUCGGAGGAUUGCGAAGGCGUGUGAUGCGAUUGUGGUGGCGGUAGGGUAUAGGCUUGCACCGGAGAGUAAGUAUCCGGCGGCGUUUGACGAUGGUGUGGAGGCGUUGAAUUGGUUAGCGAAGCAGGCGAAUUUGGCCGAGUGUAGGAUUUCCGGUGGCGUUGACUUGAGGAGGGGGCAGAUUGUUGAUGGUUUUGGUUCUUCUAUGAUCGAGCCUUGGAUCGCCGCUCAUGCUGAUCUUUCGAGAUGUGUCCUCCUUGGCGUAAGUUCUGGUUCAAAUAUUGCAAAUUACGUGACACAAAGGGCAGUGGAAGCUGGGAACCUCUUGGACCCUGUAAGAGUAGUCGCACAGGUCCUUAUGUACCCAUUCGUCAUUGGAAGCACUCCCACAAAAUCCGAAAUCAUGUUGGCUAACUCUUACCUUUAUGACCGAACCAUGGCCAUACUAGCUUGGAAACUUCUUUUACCAGAUGAUCAAUUCAAUCUAGACCAUCCAGCAGCCAACCCUCUGUUGUCUGCUACAAAAGUCCCUCUAAAACACAUGCCUCCUACACUCACGAUAGUAGCCGAACACGAUUGGAUGCGUGACCGCGCCAUUGCAUACUCGCAGGAGCUUCGGAAAGUUAAUGUAGAUGCCCCGGUUUACGAUUACAAAGACGCUGUACAUGAAUUUGCAACCUUUGAGAUGUUUCUGAAGACACCAAAAGCUCAGGCGUGUGCAGAAGAUAUCGCGAUAUGGGUAAAGAAGUAUAUAUCACUCAGAGGCCUCGAGUUCUCCUACUAAAAAUGGAUUAAAUUGGAAAUUUUAAGAGUUGCAGACCUAAAUUUUGAGUUAAUCGAAGCACGACAGAGCACAAUAGAGGUUCUCGCAUUCGUUCUGCUGGUCUCAUGGAUGUGGAAAGUUUCUUCAAAGGUACAUAAGCGAUAAACAUAUUUGAUUGGUGACAUUAUAUUAUCGAGUUAAAUAAGUUUCGGCCAUUAUACCAUAAAAUUUACUUAUUACGGGCAAAGAGUUGAUGAACGUAAUAGUGAAGAGGUCGGAAUUUGUUUUACUCGAUAGUACGAGAGGGAAACAAAUAUGUUUCGGUGUAGAUAACAUCACCCACAAGUAAUGAGUGGCACAUUUGGACCAAGUUGUGAAACAGAUUUUAUUGAUUCUUUUGUUUUUCCUUAUUGUUAAUAGUUAGUAUACAUGUAAAAUCCAUCUUAUUUUUGUACUCCUUAAGAACUGCAUAUUCUUGGCCAUUUGUUCAUUGUGAAUCUGGUGUUUUAUUU